AUGAAAUACGGUUUGCCUUUAGGAAUAAUAGGUCUAGCAUACUCAGUAGUGCUGUUUGGCGCACAGAAGACAUUUGGGUGGGAGUUGUCUUAUGAGGAGUACCAUGCAGCACAUUUGACAGAAGCUAUCAACUUGGACGAAGACUCGGACAAGAAUCCUAAAAAUCUGCUGUUGCCGUUUAACAGAACGCGCAUUCCCGGAUCGGAAGGUUCGCGCGAGACCCAGCAGUUCAUCAUCGAGCAUUUUAACAAGACACUGGCGGGGCAGUGGGCCGUUGAGACACAACCUUUCAAGGAGAACGGUUAUUACUUCAACAACCUCAUUAUGACGUUGCAAAACAAUGCGACCGAGCACCUGGUGCUUGCCGCACACUAUGAUACCAAGAUAGCACCCACUGGAAUGGUGGGUGCUAUCGACAGCGCGGCCUCGUGCGCCGCGCUGCUAUAUACAGCCCAAUUUCUAACGCACAUCGCGUCUCACGAGCGUACCCUCGAGUUUGACAAGCUGGCGUCAGUUCCAGUAGUAACGGGUUCUACUUUAGGCGUGAAAAUUGUGUUUUUUGACGGAGAGGAAGCCAUUGAAGAGUGGGGGCCCGAGGAUUCAAUAUAUGGGGCACGGCAUUUAGCCGCUCAGUGGCUUGCUGACGGUACGAUGACACGGAUUCGUAUGCUAUUACUUAUGGACCUACUGGGAAGUGGUGAAGAGGAACCAAUGGUACCCAGUUACUAUUCAGAAACACAUCAAGAGUAUCAGCUGCUCAAUCGAAUAGAAGACGAUUUGUUGUUUCGCCGCGGUGAUGGAUCUAUUGCCGAAUCACAGUUAGCCGCCCAAGUCGCGCGUCAACGAAAACGCCUCGACCCGACGGACUACCGGUUUCUGGGGCUCGGACAUUCUGUCGUCGGAGACGACCAUACGCCUUUCCUUGCUGCUGGAGUACCUGUACUGCACGCAAUUCCGCUACCAUUCCCCAGCACAUGGCAUACCGUGGAGGACGACUUCCGGCACUUGGACGCUACGGAGACUCGUCACUGGGCGCUGCUGGUGUGCGAAUUUGUAGUACAGUCGCUGCGCUCUCGUACAGAGUGA